AGUGUCACAAGCAAAGGACACAGCAACCCAAGUGCUGCAGAAAGCAAAAAUAACCCCUCCAUGUGCAUCCCAGCGAGGAGGAAGAUGAGAUAAAGCCCCUCAGAUGGAGGCGAGUUCCACCAGCCUCAAGAGGAUCAAGUUUGGGAAGCUGAAGGUGGUACGUCGACGCUUGCUGCAGAGAUAUGAGCAUCAGCCCUUCAUCUCCUGCCUGGCUGGUUUCUACAGCUGCCGGUGGAAGCGGUACCAGCGCAGAAGGACUGAGCCUGGGAAAUGCUGCUGCAAGACGCGGGAAUGCGUGUUUUUCCCAUUGCUUGUUGGAGCUUUCUGCUUUUCUCUGGUCUUUCUGUACAUGUGGGGUGAAGCAAAAAAUGACUACAAUAACUUUGACUGGUAUAACUAUGGGAACCUGGGCUUCUGGUUUCUCUGGUCUCUUGUUCUCCUGAUUGUGUCUGCAAUCUUGUUUAUGUACAUCACGCUGUUGUUGGUCCUAGCGAUGUGUUUGCUCGCAGAAGGUCAGCAGCUGUAUCUACACUGGAGUCACAAGAUUGGGACCUUUCUUGUCCUGGGCUUCUCUGUCACAGCCCUAUUCAUAUUAUCGGUACUCUGGGGAGAUCAAUGGAAAACUGUUCGCCUGUCAUUCCAGAUCACAGCUCCCUAUCUCCACAUAGGCGCAAUAACCAUCAUGGUCCUCCUGUCCUGGCCUGUGGCUCUUCAUGCCAUCAGAGCAGAUAAGAAAGUUGUUCAGGUGGUAAUUGUUGGUCCAUACCUGGCUAUCCUUCUCUUUCUUUUCUUGAUACCUCUGGGGAUGUAUUCUCCUUGCAUCAGAGAGAUGGGGACACUUGGACCAAAGCCAGCCCUCAUUGGACACCGUGGAGCACCAAUGCUGGCACCAGAAAACACUGAGAUGUCAUUUCAGAAGACAAUUGAACAUGGUGGGGAUGGCCUUGAAACAGAUGUCACUAUUAGCUAUGAUGGUGUUCCUUUCCUCAUGCAUGACAGCACCUUGAGGAGGACAACUAACAUCAAGGAGGUCUACCCCAAUGACACUGCUCAAAAUGCCGCAUUAUUCUCUUGGGAUACCCUGAAGGAGUUGAAUGCUGGAACAUGGUUCCUUAAGGACAAACCAUUUUCAUGCAUGGGCUCACUGUCAAGGACAGAUCAAAACCAGGCAAUGAAUCAGUCAAUUUACAAGCUAAGUAAUUUCUUGCGCCUCGCAGACAGUCAGAACAAACUUGUGAUAUUUGAUCUCUACCGCCCUCCAGAGAAACAUCCUUACAGGAACUCAUGGAUCAACAGAACCCUGGAAGUCAUCCUCAACGAGUCGGGAAUUAGACCCCAUCUGGUCCUAUGGCUGGAGAACGACAUGAGGUCCUUUGUUCAGUCUGUUGCUCCUGGGUUUCAGCAGACAGUGGGCAGUAAGGCCCCAGUUGAAGACCUGUUGAUGGACAAUAUUGCCAGGCUCAAUCUGGCCUACACUGAAAUGUCCAGUGAAGAUAUCCGGAAAUAUUCUGAGGCAAACAUCACCACCAACUUCUAUGUCAUCAGUGAGCCAUGGCUUUUCUCCCUGGCAUGGUGCUCUGGGGCACACUCUGUGACCACCAAUGCUGUCCACACACUGAAGAAUCUCAGCCAGCCACUCUUCCUCAUGACUCCGCAGCAGUACAACAUCAUGUGGAUCCUGACAGAUCUGACCGCUGUGCUCCUCAUCUCACUCAUCUUUGCUCUGCACUGGUGGCGAGAGCGGAGUUUCUCCUGCUGUGCCCAUGACGGUGGUUCAAUGCUGGAGAGCGGCACCUACAACAAGUUCAGGACAGAACUGAGUGACAUACCCACUGUCGUGGCCUGA